AUGCAGUAGGAGAUACAGUAAAGAUCACGACACAUGCUGAACGGCUUGCUUCGCCUCAGACCACCAGUCUCAGUUGCAAAGGCAGUUUGUGCAAUUGAAAGCUGCCGUAGUAUUACAUGCCAUACUUAUAAUCCAAAUAUCGUGUCGCUCUUCUCUCCGGCCCUCCCUGCUUACCUCUCGCGGCUCUCGCCAAGCAUGCGCGCCGCCGUCGGUCGCGACGCUCUUGCCGCGGGCGCAGCGGUGGCGUCUCCGUGCAGCACCAGCGGCCGCGCCGCCCUGCUACGGCCGCUGGUCGUGGCAGCGGCCCCCGGCUUUCGUGGCCAAGCGAGCGGUGCAGCCGCUGCUGCCGCAGUGCCCAGCCCUAGCCCGAGCCCGCUGCUCGCUGGGGCCUCCUCCUCGUCCCCCUCGUGCUCCCCCUCGUGCUACAGCCAGCAGCGCCAGGCCAGCUUGCUCAGCCGGCGUUGGUCCAGCAUCAGCUCCACCUCGCACCGCCCCGUGGCUACUGCCGCCAGCGGCCGCGGCGACGGCGCAACCGUCGCCGACGGCGCCGCUGGCUCCUCCCCCGCCUCCUCGUCUUCCCCUCCGCGGCCGUCCGCCGCCGACCUGUCCGCCGCCAGCGCGCAGCUGCUGAGCGACGACCAGCUGCGGGCGGCGGGGCUGCGGCUGCCGUCGCACUGCUGCGGCUGCGGCAUGCGGCUGCAGCGCCGGGACGCGGAGGCGCCCGGCUAUUUCAUCAUUCCCGCCCGCCUGUUUGAGCCCAAGCGGGACCCGGACGCGGACGAGGACGGCUUCGGACGGGCCGGCCGCGGCCGGGGCGGCGCCGGCGCUGGCGCGGAGGCCGGUGGCGAGCUGGGGGAGCUGAUGAAGGCGGCGCGUCAGGAGAUGGACGCGGAUGCGGAGGCCGACGCGUACGACGACGUGGGUCUGGUGCGUGCGGACGAGGAGCCGGACGUGCUGUGCCAGCGGUGCUUCUCGCUCAAGCACUCGGGCAAGGUCAAGGUGCAGGCGGCGGAGACGGCGCUGCCGGAUUUUGACCUGGGCAAGAAGGUGGGCCGCAAGAUCCACCUGCAGAAGGACCGGCGCGCAGUGGUGCUGUGCGUGGUGGACAUGUGGGACUUCGACGGCUCACUGCCGCGCGCGGCGCUCAGGUCGCUGCUGCCCCCGGGCGUGACUUCCGAGGCCGCCGCGCCCGAGGACCUCAAGUUCAGCCUCAUGGUGGCGGCCAACAAGUUCGACCUGCUGCCGCCGCAGGCCACACCCGCACGAGUGCAGCAAUGGGUGCGGCUGCGGCUCAAGCAGGCCGGCCUGCCGCCGCCGGACAAGGUGUUCCUGGUCAGUGCGGCCAAGGGCACAGGCGUCAAGGACAUGGUGCAGGACGUGCGGCAGGCGUUGGGCUACCGCGGCGACCUGUGGGUGGUGGGCGCCCAGAACGCGGGCAAGAGCUCCCUCAUCGCCGCCAUGAAGCGGCUGGCGGGGACGGCGGGCAAGGGCGAGCCCACCAUCGCGCCAGUGCCCGGCACCACGCUGGGCCUGCUGCAGGUGCCGGGGCUGCCGCUGGGGCCCAAGCACCGCGCCUUCGACACGCCCGGCGUGCCGCACGGCCACCAACUCACCAGCCGCCUGGGGCUGGAGGACGUCAAGCAGGUGCUGCCCUCCAAGCCGCUCAAGGGGCGCACCUACCGCCUGGCGCCUGGCAACACCCUGCUCAUAGGCGGGGGCCUGGCCAGGCUGGACGUGGUGUCCAGCCCCGGCGCCACGCUGUACCUGACCGUGUUCGUCAGUCACCACGUCAACCUGCACCUGGGCAAGACGGAGGGCGCCGAGGAGCGGCUGCCUCGGCUGGUGGAGGGCGGCCUGCUGACGCCGCCCGACGACCCGGCGCGCGCCGAGCAGCUGCCGCCGCUGGUGCCGCUGGACGUGGAGGUGGAGGGCACGGACUGGCGCAGGAGCACUGUGGACGUCGCCAUUGCGGGGCUGGGCUGGGUGGGCGUGGGCUGCGCGGGCCGGGCGGGCUUCCGGCUGUGGACGCUGCCGGGCGUGGCGGUGACGACGCACGCGGCGCUGAUUCCGGAUAUGGCGGAGAUGUUUGAGCGGCCGGGGGUGUCCAGCCUGCUGCCCAAGGCGCAGACGCGCGCGCACGCGGCCGUGAAGGAGAAGAAGGCGGAGCGGGCCGAGCGGCGGGGAGGCGCUGGGGGUGAUGGGGGCGAUGGAGGAGGGGGUGGUGGUGAGGGCCGUGUGGUGAGCAGGGGCGAGCGCGGCUGGGAGGCGGCGGGGGCGGUGCCGGCUGUGGGCAGGUCGGGCGGCGGAGGCGGUGGUGGUCGGGGAGGGCGCGGCGGUGGGCGUGGCGGCAGGGGGCGCGGCGGGAGGUCGUCAGGCGGCCGCGGUGGCAACAGCUGAUGUGAUUGAGGCCGGCGGAAGUCUGUUGGGUGUGUGCGGCCUGCCCUUGAUGAGGAUCAGUUCCUGCAUUGAUCGCCCACGAGGAAGCACU